AUGAUUCUGAUGCCCUCAGUUGUCUUUACCUGUGCUAACAGCUGUGCCAACCCCAUCAUUUAUUGCUUUGUUGGCACUUUUAGGCAGCAGUUGUGGGCAUGUAAACUCAAGCUGGUGCUUGAAUGGGCUCUGCAGGACACUCCUGAGAAAGAGGAAUGUGGAGACAGACUUUCUCAGGGAACCCUGGAGAUUACCGUACAGGAAAUAGCUGGACUGUUCAACAUGUUCAUUGCUUCAUGGUCACCAACUUUCACUCCAAUUCUUGCAUCUCUCCACUUGGAGAACAAAGAAUUAUACCGUGGUGUCACUACCUCUGAGAAGGACUCUCCACUGUCAGCAGAGCUCAGCUCUCCACCUCUGCACAGAAGAAUGGAAGAAAGGGGCCCCACUGAAGAGUUUAGGAACCUGGAUCCAACCAUCUCAGCCUGGAGGACAGAAGCCACACCAACCAAUGGAAGUUAUGAGGACCUUCCUCCAAUUGGUAACAUGAAUGAACUGAUUCCACAAGUGUUCAUCUUCAUCAUUUCCCUGUUUGGACUGGCAGGAAAUGCAUCUGUGCUCUGGUUCUUGGGUUUCCGCAUGCACAGAAAUGCCUUUUACACCUAUAUCCUAAACCUGGCUGCUGCUGACUCCCUCCUUCUCUGCCUCUAUAUUACUGUUUGCCUGAUAGAAUUCAUUGAAAACAUCCUUCACAUUCACAUCAUCACCUAUAGCAUCCUACGAACUGGGACAAUCAUUUUCUACAUUGCAGGCCUGAGCAUGCUCAGCGCUAUUAGCACUGAGCGCUGCCUGUCGGUCCUGUGGCCCAUUUGGUACCACUGCCAUCGCCCAAGGCACACAUCAGCAACUGUGUGUGCCCUGCUCUGGUCUUUGUCCAUGCUUCUGAGUAUCCUGGACAGAGUCUAUUUUUAUCACCUCAAUAAAGCUAAAGAUCAUUAUAAAAAAGUUAAUUUGACUAUAGUGGUAUGGCUGGCUUUUUUGUUUGUGGUUCUCUCAGUGUCCAGCCUGGCCCUGCUGGGUAGGAUGCUCUGUGGAUCCCAGAAAAAGCCUCUGACCAGACUGUAUGUUACCAUCCUGCUCACAGUGUUGGUCUUCUUCUUCUGUGGUUUGCCAUUUGGAGUCUGUUUAUUCCUGUUAUAUGGGAUUCAGAAAUAUAUUGACCCAAACAGUUUCCUUUUUCGGGCUUCACUUGUCUUAUCCUGUGUUAACAGCUCUGCCAACCCCAUCAUUUACUUCUUCGUUGGCUCCUUUAGGCAGCGAUUGCGGGGGCAGAACCUCAAGCUGGUGCUUGAACGGGCUCUGCAGGACACUCCUGAGGAAGAUGAAGGUGGAGGUAGCCUUUCUCAGGGAACCCUGGAGAUGUCAGACAGCAGAGUGGAGCAGGGGUGA